AUGUCGACUACUGUUCUGAUUACUGGAGCUACCGGCUUGCUGGGCCGUCAGGUUUUCAAUACAUUCAAGCAUUCUGGCUGUUUUGUUGUUGGUCAAGGCUACUCUAGAGCUACCCCGCCCACGAUCCUCAAGGCGGACCUGGAGAAACCGGAGGAUAUCAAGAAUCUGUUGGAUGAAGCAAAGUUAGUGCCAUUGCAUUGCGCCGCAAACCGGUCUCCGGAUCUGUGUGAUAAGAACCCCGAGCAAGCUCGCCGGGUCAAUGUCGAUGCCACUCGAACUCUUGCCGAAGAGACCUCUGCCCGAAAAGCGUUGCUGGUUUACAUCUCAACCGAUUAUGUCUUCUCCGGAAAGGAGGGAGAGGCUCCUUACGAGGUCGAUGCAGAGCCCUCUCCGACGAAUUACUACGGUCAGCUCAAGCGAGACGGCGAAAUUGCGGUGCUAGAGGCCACAAAGGAUACCGGGUUAGGGAUUGUUCUCCGUGUGCCACUGCUGUAUGGGACUGCUCAGAAUAACUCCGAGAGCGCUGUGAACAUUCUGAUCGAUGCGAUCUGGAAGGCCCAGGAUGAGAACGCGGGAGUGAAGAUGGACGACUGGGCGCAGCGCUACCCGACAAACACCGAGGAUGUAGCUCGUGUGUGCCGUGACAUUGUCAUCAAAUAUCUCAAAGAACGGCCACGGAUUCAUGAACUGCCCAAGGUCCUGCAUUUCUCGUCUGAAGAUCGGAUGACCAAGUACGAAAUGUGCGAGAAGCUUGCGGAGGUGCUGGGUCUUUCCCUGGCAGGGAUGAUCAGGAACAAGCAAGGGAAUGAUCCAAACGCAUCUGUACAGAGGCCUUAUGAUACUCAUCUCUCAACCAAGGUAUUGAAGGAUUUGGGCGUUGAUGUUCAGACAACUGACUUUGUCGCAUGGUGGUAA